AUGGAUCGGGUUUGCGACACGGGCUUUUUCUCUGCCUCAUCCAACUCUUCUGGCUCAUCCAGCUGGACGAAUGAUACAAAAUGGAAGUACAAAAAGUUUCCGAAACGGAUUCUAACUUGUCCGGAGGACCUGGAGCUUCAAAACGAAGUUGAUCAGUUGGAUAUCGGUCUCAAAAAUUUGGAGGAAGGGAAAUUGGACGACGCGCUUCAGACGCUCAUGGAAGUUUCCGACAUUAAAGGGGUCAACAUGCGCAUGGAGAGUUAUGAGGUAAGGUUUACACUUUAAAAAACCAAUGAGGGAAUCUGCCAGCUGGUAGAAAAGACGUUGCGCCCAAUUCUCAAUGCUCAAAGCCUCUACGGCUGUUGAAACUGACCUCUUAGAACAUUUGGGGCGUCUUCCCUUGUAUUUUCUCUUGCUUUUGCCCUAUCUAUGAGUCUCUAAACUGAAAUUCCUUUGUUUCAGAUGUUGAAAGCGGGACCUUCAGAGUUCAAGGGCAGCCUCAGUGACUUCUUCGGAGGAUCCUUUGAUUCCCUUUGCACUUCUCCAAGGGGCGACUUUAAAUUUUCCGUUUCGAAAGAGUUCAAGUACGCCUACACGGAGGAAGAACUGGACAAGAUGCUCUCGGAGUUGAGAGUUCCAAAAAAGCCGUCGCUGGGUCCGGAUCAGAGCUUCGACUCUUAUUCUUCUGAAGAGUUCUGUAACGCAAUCGGUCCCUCACAGACGGAGGAGAAGAGAAUGAAGCCAAAAGAGCCGGAGGAACAGAUGAAAGAAGAAGAUGAUACAUGCUUCAUCACGAAAGAAGAAAUGGAGGAGCAAACGGUAUUCCAUCUCACCAACCGUAUAGUCUCUCUCAAGAUGAACCACGACGAUCGCAUGACUGCUAAUGGUCAUUUCUUCUAAAAUUAUCAAACUUUUUCUCAUUUUCUCCAUCUUCAGAUCUCGAGAACCUCGUGCCAUUCGAAAAGAACCGUAUCCUCUACUGCCGCAAGUACCGCCAGCAGCGCUUCACCAAUUUCGAAGUCAGAAACUUUGUCGGAGCGUUCGCCAACCACAGAAUGGCUUUCUGGCGCAAGUCGAAGUUCAACCUGCUCGAGACUGCCUACUCCGUUCUGCUGGCCAUCUACGACGAUGUGCUCGGACCAGAAGUCGCCUACUUGGCAUCGUUCCAAGACAAUGACAACUUCCGAGACAUUGAAUUCCGCGUGCUCGCUGGUAUGCUCCCGUUCCCGCUGGUCUCUGACGUCUGAAUGUGUGAUGCAUUUUUUAUUUUUGUUCUUCAAACCGAAUAAAUUCAAACACAAACCGGUUUCGCGUUUCUUUCCAAACUGUAGCAGUCACCGCAAGUCUCCAUUUAUCCCGUAUAGAUCCCAAGACCCCCGCAUUCUCCGCCACUUUCUCUAGCAAUAUCUGUUUGACCUAGUAAUCGCUCGGACCUGUUGCUCUGUGUACGGUAUAAGCGCACCACAACUGGUCUUGCACGUGCACGCAAAAAACGAGAGGUCAUCCGAGAGAGGCCAGAGACGGCCAAACGGAUGACCUCUUCUAUUGCGCAACACACCCGAAACCGAGAAACCGAGCAAGAAAUGUUUACAUGAUUAUAAACAUUGGAACUCCAACCUGAAAAGAAGUGAUACGCGAGUCCGUCCGGACAAAAUAUCCAUCAAGGGAGUGGUAAGAGGGUGAGGUUGUGAAAUAAAGUGGAUGAACGAAAGGACAAUACACCAAAACACGUGAAUUUUGUGCUCGUGGAGUUUGUGUGGAGCUUUGGAGCCGGGCUAAUUUUGUUACUUCCUAUUUCUAACUCGAGUCGUGUGCUCGGGUUCCUUUUUGCUGGUUUGCUUGGUCGGAGUUCUGUAAAAUCACAAUUUCAAGUGAACUAUUGAAUCUCACAGGCUUCUUUGAUUUUCUGUUUUUCCUCACAAAGAACCGAUUACUGGCAAUUUCGGCUUCGUUGUGUUUAUCAAUGAGCUCCAGACUUGGGAAGUUCCUCAUAGCAUGAAAACACGAAAGUAAUGGAAAGUUGACUGAUUGCAACUAAGCUGACAAGACGCCCACUAGAAGUUGAGUAGUUUUGUGAAACUUUUCCUGCACACUUUCAUCAAGUCUGUGACUAACCACAUGUCUAAUUACCUUUUUGUCAAUCAAAUUUUCAUCGCGAAUAGUUUGGAGUGGUCUUAUUGAAUCUAACAUAUAUGCAAGAAUUUUGCGCUUAUCCAGUUUGCCUUGUACACUUGCAAUACUUUUCUAAAUCAGAGAACUGAAAAUGGCUAUAAAUUCGGAAAGCCCUAAUCACUCGAAUCCAUGAAUAUGUCACUUUUUGAAGGCCCAUAUCGUCAUUCAAAAGAAGAAACUUUUGCAAAACCCUAAACCCCUACUUUAUGUUUUGUCUUUGCUCUUUGCUCUAUUCUCAUUGCAUCAUUCACUCCCAGUUCCGACUCUUUUUCCUCGUUUCUUUCAUGAUUUUUUUCCGUGAAAAGCCACAUGCCGUUAACCCAAUAAAAAGAGACCAAAACAAUUACCAGAAUGAUCAGAUAUUGUCAACUCCCUUGUGGCAGACAGGACAUUUUAGUUUUUCAGCUAGAGCUCAAAUGGUCGACGUUCAACCGCCUCCGAUUGGAUACGUGAGAGAUGGAGAUUUGUUUGUGAUCACAUACGUGUACGUUGUCUUCGGUGCCAUCACCUUGUUCCUCAAUAUCCCGCUCGCUACGUAUCUUCUAAAAACCACCGGGAAGAAUCAAAAAGAGCUCAUCGUCAUCAUAGCUCUAUCCAUCAGCGAUACAGUGUGUGCCGCUCAAUUUCUCGCUAUGGGAAUAUACAGGUUUUUUGUCUGGUUUAACGGUAAGUGCUCCUCUGAUUUUCAGUCAGUGACCAAUCACUCAAUCUAUUUCAGAAGUGUUCUUUGUCAGCCAAGCCGCGUGCAACCGAAACAUCAUUGUGGCAUCAUACCAAGUCUGUAUACAAGUAAGACGUCAAAAAUCACUAGCAACUGACAAUUUCCGCUUUUAGAUGGAUAAUUUCUUCAGUUUGGUCAUUGCUCUCGAUCGCUUAUUUGCUGUCCUUUUCCCAGUCAAAUAUAACAAAUGCGAGGGAGGGUAUACUAUACUUCUUGUCACUUGUGAGCAGCACUUUUGAGUGUUUUACUUGAAUAUUGAGUUUCAGGCCCCGUAGUUGCAUCUCUAAUUGGUUAUAUUGCUCAUUUUAUCAUCAUCUCAGUUCUACCCGCUACUUUCAUUGACGGAAUCUGCUUCAAUUUUUUGGUAUGUAUAAGAUGACGUUUUUCCCAACCGAAUCAGUUCUUCUUGUUCUUAGAGCGUUCUCCCCGCGUUCCGCUCAUAUCUGUCAUUCCAACGAAUGCUCUGCGUGUUCAUCCCCACUAUUAUUUACUUAUUUAUUUACAUCAGAAUGAAAAUGGUAAGAGAUAAAAGUCAGGACAGUUAUCGAAAAGAAUUUCAGAAGUUUCAGAGAAUCACGGCGAACUCGGUGUUGAGCAAAGGCAUGCGGCAUUUAACGAAGACUGUCGGUGAGACACAAACAAAUCAUUUACUCAGUCUUACACAGUAUCAAUAUUUUUCAGCCUAUAUCACUCUUGCCUCAUUUUUCCUAGUACUCAUCCCAGAAAUAUGGUUUUAUUUCAAUCUUUUCGGCGGAAUGAAUGCAAGCAUCUACUUUUCUUGUAUUCUUGUCAAGGUUUGUUGAAAACCGUUCGUGAAUUGUUCAAUUUUAAUCCGAAUUCAGAAGAUUGUCAGUUUCUUCAUUCACACAAUCCGGCAUCGUGAGCUGAUGAAACACGUGGAAAAGUUUCUGCCGAGAAAACUCACAAACAUCAUGCAUCUCGAUGCGCAAUCCCAGUCGGCAGUCUCGAAAGGGAAGUCGAUAAGAGAGUUUUCGAAUCAGAUGGUGACCGUUAUGCGAUGA